AUGUCUUGUAUGUGUUUCCUUCUCUAUGUGGAAAGACGCAGACCCCAGACACCAUUUCAAUCAAGGUUGAAGAGGAUGUUGGUGGAGGCAUGCCCCCUGUAGAAGACUGCGAUGCCUUUGUAGACCGCAGCACGCAGCGCGGCGCCACCUCGGAGAGUCUGGGUGUGGACGCCCCUGGCUCCUCCCACAUUUCAAGUCACACUGAGGAAAUGAAGAUCCUGUGCGUCCACGGAAAAGGGGAGGGCCCUCUGGCGACAGACGUCCAUGACACGCUCUUCACCUCGUCAGAAGUGGAGGCCCUGAACUCGCUGUCUGCGGACCACAGCGCGGCCAAGAGCCUGGAGCGCGGCGAGCGGCUGGUCUGCCACGAGGAGCUGAGUGUGCAGCAGACCCCAGACACCAUUUCAAUCAAGGUUGAAGAGGAUAUUGGUGGAGGCAUGCCCGCUGUAGAAGACGGCGGCAAUGACAUCAGAGACUGCAGCACGCAGCGCGGCGCGACGAGUGAGGACGCUACUGGCUCCCCCCACAUGUCAAGUCACUGCGGGGAGCUGCGCAUCCUGAGCGUCUGCGGACAAGGGGAGGGCCCACUGGCGGUGGACGGCCAUGACACCCUCUUUGCCGCGUCAGAACUGGAGGCCUUGAGCUCGCUGUCCGCUGACCACAGCGUGGCCAAGAGCCUGAACUGCAGCGUGCUGCUCGUCCGCCUUGAGGAGCUGACUGGGCAUCAGGGCGGCCGCAAGGGCCGGCCCGGUGUCUUGUGUGGCAAGGUUAUUCCCAACAAGGCCAAUCAGAUCCACACCGACGAGAAGCCGUACGGUUGCGACGAAUGCAUGAAGCGCUUCAGUCGGAAAGGCUACCUGAAACGCCACAUGAUGGUUCACUACGGGAAGAAGCCCUACAGUUGUGACAAAUGCACUAAGCGCUUCCAAUGGCAAUGUGAACUUAAGCUCCACUUGACGGCUCACUCUGGCCUGAAGCCCUACAGGUGUGACCAAUGCAUGAAGCUCUUCAGUCAGAAAUGCACUCUGAAGCGUCACAUGAGGAGCCACUCCGGGGUGAAGCCCUACAAGUGCGACCAAUGCACGAUGAGCUUCACUGUGAAAGGCACCCUGAAGAUCCACAUGAGGACUCACUCCGGGGAGAAGCCCUACAAGUGCGACCAAUGCACAAAGCGCUUCAGUCAGAAAUGCAGCCUGAAGCUCCACAUGAGAACUCACUCCAGGGAGAAGCCUCACAAGUGUGACCAAUGCGUGAAGUGCUUCAGUCAUAUUUUCGACCUGAAUGCCCACAUGAUGACUCACACCGGGGAGAAGCCCUACAAGUGCGACCAAUGCGAAAAGCGCUUCAGUCAGAAAGGCAACCUGAAGUCCCACAUGAGGACUCACUCCGGGGAGAAGCCCUACAAGUUCGACCAACGCAUGAAGGGCUCAGUGGCGGAGCUAGAACAUUUUCACUGGGAUGGCCAGGAGGAUGGCGCUGCUUUUGGAGACCGUAGCACGCAGCGCGGCGCCACCUCGGAGAGUCUGGGUGUGGACGCCCCUGGCUCCUCCCACCUGGCCAGACACAGGGAGGAGCUGAAGAUUCUGAUCAUCCAUGAAAAAGGGGAGGGUAGACUGGCGAUAGACGGCCAUGACACCCUCUUUACCGCGUCAGAAGUGGAGGCCCUGAACUCGCUGUCUGCGGACCACAGCGCGGCCAAGAGCCUGGAGCGCGGCGAGCGGCUGGUCUGCCGCGAGGAGCUGAGUAAUACCAUUAUUUUCGCUUUCCUCUCCGAAGAAGACGGCAUUGACAUCAGAGACUGCAGCACGCAGCGCGGCGCCACCUCGGAGUGUCUGCGUGUGGACGCCCCUGGCUCCUCCCACAUGUCAAGUAACAGCGGGGAGCUGCGGAUCCUGAGCGUCUACGGACAAGGGGAGGGCUCACUGGCAGUGGACGGCCAUGACACCCUCUUUGCCGCGUCAGAACCGGAGGCCUUGAGCUCGCUGGCCGCUGACCACAGCGUGGCCAAGAGCCUGAACUGCAGCGUGAGGCUCGUCCGCCUUGAGGAGCUGACUGGGCAUCAGGGCGGCCGCAAGGGCCGGCCCGGUGUCUUGGGUGGCAAGGUUAUUCCCAACAAUGCCAAUAUGAUCCACACCCACGAGGAGCCGUACGUGUGCGACCAAUGCAUGAUGUGCUUCAGUCGAAAAGGCUACCUGAAGGUCCACAUGAGGACUCACUCCGGGGAGAAGCCGUUCAGGUGUGACCAAUGCACGAAGCGCUUCAGUCAGAGCGGGUCCCUGAAGGUCCACAUGAGGACUCACUCCGGGGAGAAGCCGUACAAGUGUGACCACUGCAUCAAGUGCUUCAGUCAGAACGGGGCGCUGAAGGUCCACAUGAGGACUCACUCCGGGGAGAAGCCCUACAAGUGUGACCAAUGCACGAUGAGCUUCAGUCUGAAAAGCCACAUGAAGGGCCACAUGAGGACCCACUCCGGGGAAAAUCCCUAUAAGUGUGACCAAUGCACGAUGCGAUUCAGAAAGGAAAGCUCCCUGAAGAUCCACAUGUGGACUCACGCUGGGGAGAAGCCCUACAGGUGUGACCUAUGCACGAUGCGCUUCAGAAAGAAAAGCUACCUGAUGAUCCACAUGAUGACUCACUCCGGGGAGAAGCCCUACAAGUGUGACCAAUGCACGAAGCGCUACACUCAUAUUUCCGCCCUGAAGACACACAUGAGGACUCACACCGGGGAGACGCCCUACAAGUGUGACCAAUGUACGAAGCGCUUCAGUCUGAAAGGCACCCUGAACAGACACAUAGCGACUCACUCCGGGGAGAAGCCCUACAAGUGUGACCAAUGCACGAAGCGCUUCGGAGAGAAAUCCAAGCUGAAGCGUCACAUGAGGACUCACUCCGGCGGGAAGCCGUACGGGUGCGACCAAUACAUGAAGAGCUCAGUGGAGGAGCAAGAACAUUUUCAGUGGGAUGGCCAGGAAGUCUGCGAUGCCUUUGGAGACCGGAGCACGCAGCGCGGCGCCACCUCGGAGAGUCUGGGUGUGGACGCCCCUGGCUCCUCCCACCUGGCCAGUCACAGGGAGGAGCUGAAGAUUGUGAUCGUCCACGAAGUAGGGGACGGUCAACUGGCGGUGGACGGCCAUGACACCCUCUUCAACGCGUCAGAAGUGGAGGCCCUGAACUCGCUGCCUGCGGACCAGAGCGCGGCCAAGAGCCUGGAGCGCGGCGAGCGGCUGGUCUGCCACGAGGAGCUGAGUGUGCAGGUUGGAAAUCAUCUUCUUAUUCAGCAUCCAAAUGAGAGGCUUCCUCUGUUACAACUCCAGCACACACCCUUAGAAAGCCCACACCUUUAUGAAGCAAUGAGUCGUAAGUGGGGAUUCACAACUAAUCUUUACGGCAAUGACAUCAGAGACUGCAGCACGCAGCGCGGCGCCACCUCGGAGUGUCUGCGUGUGGACGCCCCUGGCUCCUCCCACAUGUCAAGUCACAGGGGGGAGCUGCGCAUCCUGAGCGUCUACGGACAAGGGGAGGGCUCACUGGCGGUGGACGGCCAUGACACCCUCUUUGCCGCGUCAGAACUGGAGGCCUUGAGCUCGCUGUCCGCUGACCACAGCGUGGCCAAGAGCCUGAACUGCAGCGUACGGCUCGUCCGCCUUGAGGAGCUGACUGGGCAUCAGGGCGGCCGCAAGGGCCGGCCCGGUGUCUUGGGUGGCAAGGUUAUUCCCAACAAUGCCAAUAUGAUCGUCAACAUGAGUACCAACACCAACGAGAAGCCGCACAGGUGCGCCCAAUGCAUGAUGCGCUUCCAAUGGAAAAGCGACCUGAAGAUCCACAUGAGGACUCACACUGGUGAGAAGCCCUACAAGUGUGACCAAUGCACGAAGCGCUUCAGUCGGACAGGCACCCUGAAGACCCACCUGAGGACUCACUCAGGGGAGAAGCCCUACAGGUGUGGCCAAUGCACGAAGCGCUUCAGUCAGAGCUCUGCGCUGAAGACCCACAUGAGGACUCACACAAGCGAGAAGCCGUACAGGUGUGACCAAUGCACGAUGCGCUUCAGUCGUGUCUCCACCCUGAAGAUCCACAUGAGGACUCACUCCGGCGAGAAGCCCUACAGGUGUGACCAAUGCAGGAUGCGCUUCAGUCAUGGCUCCGCCCUGAAGAUUCACGUGAGGACUCACUCUGGUUAGAAGUGCACAUGCUCAUGCACACGGACAAUGGGGUGCUUUAACAUGGGGUACAAGAUGCUUUGACACCUCUAUCCUGUAUUUGUUGAACAUUUCUGACUAAACACUUUCCAACUUUUGAUUCGCUUUGUUUUUAUUGUUAAUAAUUUAAAGGCAAUAAACAUGUAUUGCAGUGUUACGGAA